GACUGCAUGGGGCCACGCCUUUUGGGACUGCUUCCACAGCAAUCAGGAUUCUCGAACCCGUUCACACCUGGCUCAAGCGAUUCAGAUCCUUCCGUACCUUUGGUUCUUGGUGUCAACAGCGAUCGAGGUCCAAUGAAGUGGAUGAAGGUGCAAGCGCUGAUUUCUGUUUUGCUGCUGGGCGUGGCCGCCAAGCCUAAGAAGCAAAUCCCCGAGCCGCAGACGCCAGCCCCCGAGCAGCCGACCGCUGAUCACGUGAAGUUCCAGGACUUGGUGGCAGGGCCGCUGAAGACCGCCUCUGAUCUUGUGGACGACCAGGUGGACACCUUUCUGCAGCGCGUGGCGGAUGUGGUCAGCAACGGAGAUGAGGGCAACAAGGAAAUGCUGACCAUGGCCACAGACAUCCGGAAGCUGUUGGCGAAGGUGGUGCCUAUGCUGCUCUCAGCCCGCGACAACAGCUCUGCAUUGGACGUCGACACCCGGCCUUCCAACCGUUCGCAGGCCACCUACGCCCAGGACAAUUUGCUGAAGCUGCAAACCUACACCGGCUGGGCGUGGCCUGUCAUCAUUGACUACACAAAGGAUGCCUACGAUGACAAGGAGCUGUCGGAUGACAUCAAAGCCCGCAUGAUGCGAGGCACCGACGGGUCUUUGAGCUACCUCAGCUCUGUGCUCGUGUACGCGUGGACAGCGGCUAAAUUCCAGUUCCCAGUGGUAGAGGAGAUUAUGCAGACGAAGGAGAGCAACGGGGAGAUCUUGAUGAAGGCCGGCUGUGCUGCCAGCUACGCUAAGCUCCUGGGGGACAUCACCCAGAUGUACGCGGAUCUCUCGGACUCCAAGCAGGAGUGCUUCAUGAAGGAUGGCAACUUCACGGACUGGCAAAAGUGUGCUUACGACUCCGCCGACUCCCUGUACAAGGUGAACUUGGCCAUUGCCGAGUCGUCCAAUGCCAUGUGGCAGUGCUUCGGCAUCUACUGGGGCUGCUCGCAGCUGAUCAACCAGGCCUAUGCGGACCUUUCCAAGGCCUUGGCCGCCAGCAUGAAGAUGACGGACUCCUGCACCGGGGGCGACGCAGAGCUCUGCCGGUCCUACGCCUUCCAGGUGUUGGGUGUGCUGAGUCAAGGGGGAGGCCUUAUGGAGUCUGCCACCGACGACUGCAGCCUCAAGGGAGCUUCUGGUGACUCCCCGCUGAACCCCUGGGCGGCCACUCCCUUCGAGAAGCGCGAGGACGCCUCGGAGACGAGCACCAAAGUCUAAGCUGUUUGGCAAAGUCCAAAGUUUAUACCUGACCCGCGGACGCCCGCAGCAAUGACUCACGCCGCGGAAGCGCAACA